UCGAGUAGCUGCAGCCUCUGGGAGCCCAGCUUGGCAGCCCAGCUGGUCUGGACAGAGCCCCGUGACUCGGCCUCUGCCUGUGGGACCAUGGCAGAGGUGGAUGCUUUGCUGUCAGUGGCCGAGUGGCUGCGAGCACUGCAUCUGGAGCAGUACAGCGGUCUCUUUGAGCAGCACGGACUGCUGUGGGCUUCCGAGUGCCAAGGCCUCAGUGAUGCCCGCCUGUUGGACAUGGGCGUGCAGCUCCCUGGCCAUCGGCGCCGCAUCCUGGCUGGCCUGCUCCGGGCCCAUGCACCCCCAGCCCCUGCACCUCGCCCCACCCCACGGCCAGUGCCCAUGAAACGCCACGUCUUCCGCUCACCACCUACAUCUACUCCAUCUGAACCACUUCCCACUGGUGUGGAGGAUGAAAGGCUGCCCCCUGCACCCCCCAUCCCACCUCGGAGGAGCUGUCAUCCACCUUCCUGCUUCUCCACCCCGUCCACAACUGCCCCGGACCCUGUGCUGCCUCCAUUGCCCGCCAAACGACAUUUGGCAGAUCUGAGCGUGCCGCCUGUGCCCCCUCGCACAGGACCCCCACGUAUACUGGUGAGCCUGCCUUCUAAAGAGGAGGAGUUCCUGCCACCAUCACUGUUAUCCUGUCCCCGAGCAGAGGCUGAGGAGUCCCCAUCCACUCUCUCCCAGAGGCCUCCUCAGCCCCCAUCUCCACUUCCCAGUCCCCCUGAGAUCCCCCCAAAACCUCUGCGCCUCGUCCCAGAGUUUGAUGACUCUGACUACGAUGAGGUCCCAGAGGAGGGGCCAGGGGCCCCAGCCAGCGUGAUGACCAAGAAGGAGGAGCCCCCACCGAGCCGAGUCCCACGGGCCGUCCGCGUGGCCAGUCUGCUGAGCGAAGGGGAAGAGCUGUCAGGGGACGACCAAGGGGAUGAGGAUGAGGAUGACAACUCCUACAAGGGCCUCCCCAAUGGUGAAUGGCACACUGGUAUCCUGAACUUGCCCUUGUCCAGCAGCCCCCGGAUCCCUGAGUUCCCACCUCACCCCAUGGAUGGACUUCCUGGGGGUUCCACCCCCAUCACACCGGUCAUCAAGGCUGGCUGGCUGGACAAGAACCCACCACAGGGAUCUUACAUCUAUCAGAAGCGAUGGGUGAGACUGGAUGCUGAGUACCUGCGUUACUUCGAUAGUAACAAGGAUGCCUACUCCAAGCGCUUUGUCCCUGUGGCCUGCAUCUCCCGAGUGGCUGCCAUUGGGGACCAGAAGUUUGAAGUGAUCACAAACAACCGGACCUUUGCCUUCCGGGCAGAGAGUGACGCUGAACGGAAGGAGUGGAUGCAAGCGCUGCAGCAGGUUGUGGCUGAUCAGCGUGCCCGGGUCCGACUCUCUAAUGCCUGUUUGUCAGGAGUUCAAGGCUCAGAGCUGCCUGACCACUCAGGCAGUCUAGAGCUACGUGGCUUUAAAAAUAAGCUGUAUGUGGCCAUAGUCGGGGACAAAGUGCAACUCUACAAGAAUCUGGAGGAAUAUCACCUCGGCAUUGGCAUCACCUUCAUUGACAUGAGCGUGGGCAAUGUCAAGGAAGUGGACCGGCGCAGCUUUGACCUCACCACCCCCUACCGCAUCUUCAGCUUCCUGACUGAUUCGGAGCUAGAGAAGGAGCAGUGGCUGGAGGCCAUGCAGGGAGCUAUUGCUGAAGCCCUGUCCACCUCGGAGGUGACUGAGCGCAUAUGGACUGUGGCCCCCAACAGGUUCUGUGCCGACUGCGGGGCUGCCCAGCCUGACUGGGCUUCUAUCAACCUCUGUGUCGUCAUCUGCAAGCGCUGUGCAGGGGAGCACCGUGGCCUGGGCGCUGGCAUCUCCAAGGUGCGGAGUCUGAAGAUGGAUAGGAAGGUGUGGACGGAAACACUCAUCGAGCUCUUCUUACAACUGGGCAAUGAUGCCGGUAACCGCUUCUGGGCAGCCAAUGUUCCCCCCAGUGAGGCCCUGCAGCCCAGCAGCAGCCCUGGUGCCCGGCGGCACCAUCUAGAGGCCAAGUAUCGUGAGGGCAAGUACCGCCGCUACCACCCGCUCUUCGGCAACCAGGAGGAGCUGGACAAGGCCCUGUGUGCCGCAGUCACCACCACAGACCUGGCUGAGACCCAGGCACUUCUGGGCUGUGGGGCCGGGGUUAGCUGCUUCUCGGGGGACCCUGACACUCCCACGCCCCUGGCUCUUGCUGAGCAGGCAGGACAGAUACUGCAGAUGGAAUUCCUUCGGAAUAACCGGUCCACAGAGGUCCCUCGACUGGACUCAGGGAAGCCCCUGGAGAAGCACUACUCAGUUGUCCUGCCCACUGUGAGCCACAGUGGGUUCCUCUACAAGACUGCUUCUGCUGGCAAGCCACUGCAGGAUCGCCGUGCCCGAGAAGAGUUCAGCCGACGCUGGUGUGUCCUUAGCGACGGGGUCCUGAGCUACUACGAGAAUGAGCGGGCAGUGACACCCAAUGGGGAGAUUCGAGCCAGCGAGAUCGUGUGCCUGGCAGUGCCCCCGCCGGAUACUCAUGGCUUUGAGCACACCUUUGAGGUAUACACAGAGGGAGAGCGGCUAUAUCUGUUCGGGCUGGAGAGUGCGACACUGGCUUGUGAGUGGGUCAAGUGCAUUGCCAAGGCGUUUGUGCCUCCGCUGGCUGAGGAACUCCUGACCCGGGACUUUGACCGGCUUGGGCGUCUUCCCUACAAAGCUGGCCUGAGCCUACAGCGGACACAGGAGGGCUGGUUCUCCCUCAUUGGCUCUGAGCUCCAUGCCAUCUUCCCAGAGAGGCCUCGUGAGGAGCCACUGCAGCUACGGAAACUGCAGGAGCUUUCCAUCCAAGGGGACAACGAGAACCAGGUGCUGGUGCUGGUGGAGCGAAGGAGGACACUCUACAUCCAAGGGGAACGGCGCCUGGACUUCACUGGCUGGCUAAUGGCCAUCCAAAAAGCAGCAGCCAGCUCGGGGGAUACGCUUUCAGAGCAGCAACUUGGGGACUCGGACAUCCCAGUGAUCGUGUACCGCUGUGUGGACUACAUCACACAAUGUGGCCUGACCUCAGAGGGCAUCUACCGCAAAUGUGGGCAGACUUCGAAAACCCAGAGACUCCUGGAGAGCCUGCGGCAGGAUGCACGCUCUGUGCACCUUAAGGAGGGCGAGCAGCACGUGGACGAUGUCUCCUCAGCUCUCAAGCGCUUCCUGCGGGACCUUCCGGAUGGACUCUUUACUCGUGCUCAGCGCCUCGCCUGGCUAGAGGCUUCAGAGAUCGAGGAUGAUGAGGAGAAGGUCUCUAGGUACCAAGACCUUCUGGCACGGCUGCCCGCAGUCAACCGCGCUACCGUGAAAGCCCUUAUCAGCCACCUGUACUGUGUCCAGUGCUUUUCAGACACGAACCAGAUGAACACACACAACCUGGCUAUUGUGUUCGGGCCCACGCUCUUCCAGACAGAUGGGCAGGAUUACAAGGCCGGCCGAGUGGUAGAAGAUCUCAUCGGCCACUAUGUGGUGGUGUUCAAUGUAGACGAAGAGGAGCUGAGGAAGCAGCGGGAGGAGGUAACUGCCAUUGUGAAGAUGCGUGUAGCUGGUACUGCCAGUGGUACCCAGCAUGCUGGUGACUUCAUCUGCACUGUGUACCUUGAGGAGAAGGCGGCAGAGACAGAGCAACAUAUCAAGAUUCCAGCAUCCAUGACAGCGGAGGAACUCACCAUGGACAUCCUGGACCGCAGAAACGUGGGGAUCAGGGAGAAGGAUUAUUGGACCUGUUUUGAGGUCAAUGAACGGGAAGAGGCAGAGCGCCCACUGCACUUUGCGGAGAAAGUCCUGCCAAUUCUGCAUGGUCUGGGCACAGACAGCUACCUGGUGGUGAAGAAGCACCAGUCCAUGGAGGCCAUGAUGUUGUAUUUGGCCAGCCGUGUAGGUGACACCAAGCAUGGCAUGAUGAAGUUCCGUGAGGACCGCAGUCUUCUGGGGCUGGGCUUGCCCUCUGGUGGCUUCCACGAUCGCUACUUCAUUCUCAACAGCAGUUGUCUGCGGCUUUACAAGGAGGUCCGGAGCCAGAGGCCACGGAGCGGGGCCCCUGAGACUAGUCAUCGGCCUGAGAAAGAAUGGCCAGUCAAGAGCCUUAAAGUCUACCUUGGGGUGAAAAAGAAACUGCGGCCGCCCACUUGCUGGGGCCUCACAGUGGUGCAUGAAACGGAGAAACAUGAGAAGCAGCAGUGGUACCUGUGCUGUGAUACGCAGAUGGAGCUCAGAGAGUGGUUUGCCACCUUCCUCUUCGUGCAGCACGAUGGCCUAGUGUGGCCCUCGGAGCCUUCACGUGUGUCUCGGGCGGUGCCUGAGGUCCGGCUAGGCAGUGUUUCACUGAUCCCGCUGCGUGGCAGUGAGAAUGAGAUGCGCCGAAGCGUGGCUGCCUUUGCCUCGGACCCCUUGUCUCUUCUCCGAAAUGUCUGA